AUGUCUUUGUGGAGCACCUACCGCGGACUUACCCCGAAAACCCGUGCCCUCUUUGGCGUCGGCGUAAUGGCCUGGGCAACCAUCGGACUCUGGACUGAGCCCCAGGUUGAGAGUGCGCUCGGUAUGCAAUCGAGCAAGGAAGAGCAAGAGGCGCUGGAACGACAACUUGCUGUGCGGGUGUCACAGGUUGGGGAGGAGAAGAAGGAUCGGAACUGA